AUGCAGGCAAGCACACCUCGCUCGCCGCGAUUUGACCUUCCGCCAGCACCUGUCUAUACCACUUCCAAUACAACUGACAACGGCCUUGCGGAGUGGACGAGCAAGAUCAAGGCAAUGCAACGACAGGUUGAUGCGGAUGAUGAGGCAGAGCAACGUCGUCUAGAGGAAGAAAUUGUGCGGGCGCGACUUGCGAGGAUGAGACGAAAUACAUCAGGCAUAAGCGGUGAUUUUGGCAUUGGCAUGCAUGGGAUUGAUCUGGGUCGGUAUCUCUUAGCACAGACACUCCCGUAA